CUCUGCCUAUGAACAGAACACAUUGCAUGUGGAAAUUAGCAAAGAAAAAUAUUUUUUGAUUGUAAAAUAUAAAGCUAGAAUUACAGCUUGAUUUGUUUCUUUUAACAUUGCACUUAAAGUGGAAUCGAUUAAAGUCGUUAUUUUUUGUACAUAAUUUCUUUGCAAAGGCACUUUUGCUCAGUUUCUGGAAGUGAUGCAUUAAUCUAUUUACAGAAUCAAAUGGUUGUGUGACGACCUUUCUUAGUGGGUCAAAAAUCGCCCUAAAAUCGUCUAUGAAACGGCCAACCGUUCUGGCGAUCCCAUACAAUUAAUUUCCUACGUAAUGCAACAAGCUAUACCAACUCUAUCACAGUCAGAUAUAGCCAAAGUCAUGCAGCCCCAUUCAGCUCAAAAUAUGAUUUUGCCAGCUAAUAAAAAGACAAAAAAGUAUGCUCAACAGGUGCCAUCUUCAAAGCCACAGUCCCUUCAGCCUCUGCAGCAACAGCAGCAUAGCCACACGUCACAGCCCCAGUUUCAGAUAAACAAGUCAUACAAUGUGGUCUCCAUUCUAAAGACAACAGCACAAAAUGCCCAACAGCCCCAACACCUGACGCAUCAGCAACAACAACAGCCAUCACAUCACCUCCAGCAAACACAGCAGCAUCAACAGAGCUAUGCAAACGUUGUAAAUAGGUCUAUAUCAUCUGGCUCUGGAACAGUUGGGGCCCAGCAGUCGACGGUUAUUUGCAACGGCUCCAACAUAAUGACCGUGAACAGUUGUCAACUCAAUUCUGGUGAUCUAAAUUCGACCGCAAUUUACAACAUAUCCAGUCACCGCGCACUAUCCGGAAGCCUAGAUGGAAAUGUUCGCUUUCUGAGUGUCACGGAUAUUGCGAAGAAUGGCAACAACAUUGCUAAUAACGCAGUCGGAACUGGAACGAACAAUUGCCCUGGAGGCAGUAACAAUAGCCAAAUAACGAUGCCCAAAUCGCACAUAGGAAACACUAUAGGAGUCGCCCUGGGGACGACUACGGCAGGAACACCCUACAUGCAUGACAGCAAUAUUGUUGGCGUCAGCGUUAAUUGUGUUGAUACUAGUAGAAAGUACGAUUUCAAAGGCAGUAGUUUGAUAUCAAAUAAUAGCUUUCAAGCGUCGACAGCAGAGUAUAUUUCAACGGGAAACAACAGUACCGGAAAUACCAGAUCUAAUCCACAAAGUGGCGGAAUAUUUCGAGGACCACCGCCGACGGCGAAUGCAGCGCGUGGUGCCAGUGGAGGGGCAACACGCCAUGUCCAUGUACAACCCAUGUAUUCACAGCCCCUUCACCAGAACAUGGUGAUACAACCAUUUACACAAUACAACCCGCGACAACAGACAUUUCCAUCCUCUCACUUGCAAUAUGCACCCGCCCCAAUGUCGUACUACCAGUACCAAUACAUGCCAGCUCUCCAGCAGCAGCCGCCGCCACAUACUCGCAGUGCCGUCACGGUGAAUGCGAACGUGAAUGUUGGAAACUCUCUACAACCAGUGCAGUCCGGGCCGAAUGGCUCGUUGCCUGGUCCCGGAACAACCUCGUCGCAGCUUCAGUUGUUAACAAGUACAGUGCAGCCAGGAACCAACAGUGUUAUGGGGGUCGGUGGUCCUAGCAGUGGCAUGGGACAGGUGGGUGUGCCUCCAAUGGUUGGAGUUAUGUCCGCAGGUGUACAACCGCAGGCUGUGCAAGUGCCGCCCACCGGAAGACGUAGACAUCAACAUCGUUUGCAGAUUAUCGAUCCGACAACUAAGAAGAAUAUAUUAGACGAUUUCGAUAAGACAAACUCAAACACGGAUAACGACUUCGCAGAGCAGGUUACCAACACAUCCGGAGCAGUACUCUCAGAAGGUCUAAUACGUACUCCACAGCAGGACAUCGUUGAAAUAAAUAACUUAAGCAAUAUACCACUACAAGGAUCUGAGUCACGAAACAAUGCGCCUUACAACCCUGUUGAACCAAUAUCAGCAAGCCGUCAAGAUGUUGGCCAGACUCCCAUUGUAUCCGCUAUGUCUGAUGCUCCUUCGGUUGAAAUAUUACCCACGCCUCCACGAGGAAGAAGCAAAAAAAUACCCAUAGUGUCUCCCAAAGUUGUAUCUGAUUCUACCGCUGCUCCAUCCACUGAUGAAACUGAUGAUGCAGUGUCAAAUCCGAUUGCCGCAAUCACCAAGGAAUCUUUACUGCCAAAUCUGUCGGAUGAAAAAUUACUCAAUUCCGCAUCACCGCAACAGAAACCCACUGUACCAACCACUGAGAUUACAAAGGAGAAGCCAAUUGCACCAGAGGGAACUAAAGUCAGUGAUUUAGAUUCUGGUGUAUCCUCUGAAAGUCCUUCAACAGACUAUUCGGUUGUUGAUGUCAAGAACAGUCAACGAUUAUCGAAUGUUGCCGAAAGUGAUUGCAUUGACGAAGCUUCACCUUUCGAAUUGAACGCAAAUUUGCCCAAUAUGCACACAGAUAUACAAAAAUCUGAACCCAGCCCGUUGACUGAAACAUUAGAUAAGCCUUCAGAAGAUGAUUUUGAUGUCCAAAGUAAAGAGCAACAUAUUCAGUCGGAACUUACUUCAGGGGAUGUCCCUAAUGUGGCUAGUUUAUCAACAAUGGUAAUGAAGGAAAAUACUUGUUUAGAAUAUAGUCAAAAUGAAGCAACGGAUAUAAAUGAUGUAGAUGUUUCAAAUAAUGACUCUACAGGCGAACAAGCAACAGAGUCUCUCAAACCGAAUAACGAUGACGUAGAUCCUCAGGCUGAUGUAAAUCCAGAGCCAAAGCCUGAGGACAACGUUGACGAGAAAAGAAUGUCCGCUAAUACUAAACUUGAAGGAGUAGGAACGACAGUUUCCUCUUUUAUAAACUAUAACGAAGGUCAGUGGUCUCCGAGCAACCCAAACGGUAAGAAACAAUACGAUCGAGAUCAAUUAUUGCAAUUGCGGGAGGUGAAGGCCUCGCGAAUGCAGCCAGAGGUGAAAAAUUUGUCUAUUCUUCCCCAACCGAAUUUAAUGCCAUCAUUUAUCCGGAAUAACAAUAACAAUAAGCGCGUACAAUCAAUGGUCGGUAUGAUUGGCAAUCGAAACAGCGAAUCCGGAGGAGGAAAUUAUGUUGGCAAGCAGAUAUCGAUGUCAGGUGUGCAGGGUGGCGGCGGAAGGAGCAGUAUGAAGGGCAUGAUCCACGUAAACCUAUCUCUGAACCAGGAUGUGAAACUAAGUGAAAACGAGAACGCGUGGCGUCCACGAGCCCUAAAUAGGUCGGAUGCUGACAGUGACACAAAGGCAACACAGGAAAAGGAUGAAUUAAUACGUCGAGUUCGGGGUAUUUUGAACAAGUUAACACCCGAAAGGUUUGACACGCUUGUGGAGGAAAUCAUUAAAUUGAAAAUUGAUACGCCAGAAAAAAUGGACGAAGUAAUAGUGUUGGUAUUUGAAAAGGCGAUUGAUGAGCCAAAUUUCUCUGUGUCGUACGCCAGACUAUGCCAUCGUCUGAUUUCCGAAGUGAAGGCGCGCGAUGAACGCAUGGAAAGUGGCACCAAAUCCAAUUUGGCGCACUUCAGGAAUGCUUUGUUAGAUAAAACCGAACGGGAAUUCACCCAGAACGUUUCCCAGAGCACCGCAAAGGAGAAGAAAUUACAGCCAAUUGUUGACAAAAUAAAGAAAUGUACUGAUGCCAACGAAAAGGCAGAACUUGAGGCAUUUUUAGAGGAAGAGGAACGAAAGAUACGUCGCCGCUCUGGGGGCACAGUGCGGUUUAUCGGCGAACUAUUUAAAAUAUCAAUGUUAACUGGAAAGAUAAUAUACUCUUGCAUUGAUACACUUCUUAAUCCCCAUUCUGAGGACAUGCUUGAAUGCCUGUGCAAGCUGCUCACCACUGUGGGUGCCAAGUUUGAGCAGACCCCAGUCAACUCGAAGGAACCAGGACGCUGUUAUUCAUUGGAAAAAUCCAUUAUCAGGAUGCAGGCAAUCGCCUCGAAAACCGACAAGGAUGGUGCCAAAGUGAGCUCUCGAGUGCGUUUCAUGCUUCAAGAUGUCAUUGAUUUGCGUAAGAACAAGUGGCAAACUUCGCGCAACGAGGCACCCAAGACGAUGGGGCAAAUAGAAAAGGAGGCGAAAACCGAACAGCUGUCUGCGCAGUAUUUUGGCACACUCUCUGGAUCGACAAACGUGGGAUCUCAGGUCGGCUCUGGUAAGAGAGAUGAACGUGUCAAUACCCGAUACGGCGAAUCUCGUUCGGGAAGCGGUUAUGGUGGCAGUCACAGUCAGCGCGGUGACAACGGAAAUCUGCGACACCAACAGCAGAGCAACACCAGCGGAGGCAGUGGCUCUGGCGGAGCUGGUCACUCUAACGGAAACAACGAUGAUAAUACUUGGCACGUUCAGACCAGCAAAGGUAGCCGCUCUCAGGCAGUUGACAGUAAUAAACUUGAAGGUUUGUCGAAACUUUCUGACCAAAACUUAGAAAAUAAAAAGAUGGGAGGCCUAACGCAAUUUAUUUGGAAUAACAAAAUCACACAACAAUCAUCUGCGCCCACAUCAACCCCUUCCAAUCCCUUCGCUGUGCUGUCCUCGUUAAUUGAUAAAAACAACACUGAGAGGGAUCGCGAUAGAGAUCGCAGUGGACCAAGAAACAAAGGCUCAUAUAACAAAGGAUCUAUGGAGCGCGAUCGUUAUGAUAGAGGUAUACAUUCGAGAACUGGAUCAUCACAGGGGUCCCGAGAAAAUUCGACAUCCCGCGGCCAAGCCCGCACUUUAUUGAGUUCGUCAGUUCAAAAAUCUGCUAGUCAUUCGAAAUACAUACAACAGGCACCGCCAGCACGACAUACUGGAAAAGCACAGUCAUCGCUGGGAAAUUCGAACAUGAACGCGGGAGUACUCUACCGCGGCAGUGAACAACCGGCAACUGCGUCUUCAUCCACAUUUAGUUCCACGUCACCAGAGGGUGCUCGAUCUGUGGCACCUUUGGCUGUGCUAAAUCAGGCCAGUGAAACAGAACUUAAAGCCAUUAAAUCGGUUGUCUCAGAAAUGAUUGAGCUGGCCGCAGCCUCCAAAGCAGUAACGCCCGGCGUGGUUUUGUGCAUUAAACGAGUACCAGAGGAGCUGCGCUGUAGUUUUUUAUAUUACAUAUUAACAGAUUAUUUGCAUUUAGCAAAUGUCGGCAAACAGUACAGGCGAUAUUUGGCCAUUGCGGUUUCCCAACUUAUUCAGCAAAAUUACAUCUCUGUGGAUCACUUCAGACUGGCGUACAACGAAUUUAGCGAGUACGCAAACGAUUUAUUUGUUGAUAUUCCAGAGCUCUGGCUAUAUAUUCUUCAAUUUGCCGGGCCAUUAAUUGUGAAGAAAAUCUUGACUGUAUCGGAUUUGUGGAACAAAUACUUAAAAGACAACAGCCCAUCCCGCAUGGCGAAAAAGUUCCUUAAAACCUACUUGAUAUAUUGCACACAGGAAGUUGGACCGAACUUCACUCGCAGCAUGUGGACCAAGUUCAACUUAAAGUGGUCUGAUUUUAUGCCUGAAAAUGAAGUCGCUGACUUUAUAAAAGACAAUAGACUGGAGUAUGUUGAAGACGUGUCAAAAUCGCCAGUAAUUGAGCGAAGAGAGUCUCCAGAAAAGCACGUAAAAAAUGUGAUAGACCAUAUUGAGCACUUGCUGAAGGAAGGAACGACAGCAGAUUGCAUUAUUGAUUAUAGCAACGGAAACAUAUUGGUGGUUGACAAGUUGUUUAUACGGGGAUUGACCGAAGCCUUGAGUAAUUUCUCGAUUCUCUACAAGGAUCAUAGUUAUAAACUUGAGUCCGAAAUCUUUCAAAAGUUAUGCAUACCAGUUUUGCAGCGAUAUAUAGAUUCUAAAGAAGAUCAUCAACUAGAAUGCUUAUAUGCUCUGCAACUAUUAGUGCAUGGCUUAGAGCAUCCCAGAGGAUUGCUAAGUGAACUUAUUGGCGAGCUUUAUGAUGCGUAUGUAAUACAAAAGGAAUCGCUGUGUAAGUGGCGAGAUUCAAAGGAUCAAUCAGCUGGAAAGGGUGUUGCCGUGAAAAGUCUUAAUCCUUUCAUUAACUCAUUAUUUAACGAUGAAGCCAACUAAAAUCGCAAAGUAGCUGCCCUAGACAGCAAACUUUUACCUUUUGUAAUAAAAUUAAUUAAAAUGAAAGUUGGUGGAUAAAGAAUGUUCAUUGACACUAUAUGUAGAUUUCGAUAUGGACUUAUUCAAAAGAUAUUCUGGUUCACACAUUAAAAGUAUAUGCAACGAUUUAAAAGUGUAUAACAAAUGUAAAAUAAAGCGAACCUAAAGGA